GAAGGAAACACCAGUCGAAGCCGCAGCCAUAAAAAAUACAACGGCGACGACUGGCGACAGUGACGGCAGCACCGCGGUCUCCCACACCACCUCCCCUCUUUUGCUUCUUCUUCUUGUUGUUGCGUGUGCCGCUGCUGCUGCGGUGGUGGCCGCGUGA